AUGCUCCCCCAAAUCCGCCGCCUCACCGCCGUUCCUUCCCGCCUAGCCGCCCGCGCACUCCGGCACCCACACGGUCGACCCGCAACGACGAAUUCCACGACACCCGCGGUGCCCCCCUCCCGUCUCGCGGCGGGUUCGCCGCCUGCAGAGGAUCCAGCAGCCGAUCAGGGGUGCGAGUCGGAGCCCCUCGAUCGCGACUGGGGUUCCACGCUGUCCCGAGCGGAUCCGGCAGAGGUGGCCGGGAUUCUCCGGCGUCUGCACGACGAGCAGACCCGUUUGGGCUUGGGCACCUACAAUCUGCUGCUGAAGCGAGCGUGCGAAGCAGAGGACUUCGCGCUCUUCGCCAAGGUAUUCAGAUACCUUCUGCUCUCCAAAGCCGCUCCCGACUUGACCUCUUACAUGCAUGUCGCCAGGGCCAUUGGGGAUUUAGAUGACCCUGAACCGAUGCUCAGGUUUGUUAGAGAGGUAUUGGAGAUCACGCAGGGUAGGGAUCCCACGGUGGUGAACCGCAUUGUUUUCGCCGCAGGUAAAUAUGGCCACAUCGAUAAAAGCUUGAUCAUAUUCGAGGAGCUGAAGAAAGAUAAGGAGUGCUUGGAUGUCGUCACGUUCAACACCAUUCUGGACAUGCUUGGGAAAGCUGGCCAGGUUGACCCGAUGCUCCGAGAGGUGAAGCGGAUGGAGGAGCUCGGCAUCUCUCCUGACGUCGUGACAUAUAAUACGGUCAUAAACUGCCUGCGCAGGCUCGGAAGGUUGGAUAUGUGCAAAAGCUUUGCAACAGAGAUGGUUGGGAGGGGCAUCGGUCCGGAUUUGAGAACGUAUAGCGCGCUCAUUGAUGGUUUCGGGCGGGCAGGCCGUAUUACCGAUGCCCUCGAAGCUUUUGAGCAAAUGAAGAAGUCACAUCGGCCUUCGGUUUAUGUCUACCGUGCACUGAUCAGUGACCUGAAGAAAGCUGGACGGUUUGAAUUGGCACAAAAGCUCUCUGAAGAGAUGGAUUCAAGUGCUUCUGAUCUGUUAGGCCCUCAAGAUUUCAAGAAGAAGUUCAAGGGGAAAAAAGGCAGGUGAGAAGCAGAUGAGUUACAUCUACCAGGUUUGUAUGAUUCCUACACAUGCGCCAGGUGCUGGUACAUACUUCCAUACUCCCAAUGGAUAUCGGAUUACCGGUUAGCGUCUUCAGAAGAUGCAUCCCAGGAAAGAAACAGACAACCACAAAGCUCAGAUUGCAGUAGCGUUAUGGUUGCAAAGGCACAGCAAUGAUCACAGUGCUAUAGAACUGAAUGAAAUAUCUUAACUCCAUUGCUGAUGCGUGUUCCAAGAGAUGAAGGAACUCAAUUCAGCAGCCACUGGUAAAUCUUCCAGGACUCCAUGACUCCUUCACAUGCACCAGGUGCUGGUACACAGUUUCAGUCUACCAGUGGACGCCGGUAGUGUUGGUUGACAUCUUCACAGUAUGUAGCCAAGAAGAAACAGAGAACAGCAAGGCUCAGAUUAAUUACAACUGCAUGAUGGUUGUGAAGCCACAACAAUGAUCAGAGUGCUAAAUGUCAUAAUUGCAGGCCGUUGCUGAAGUGUGUUUGAAAAGAUGCACAAGCCCAGGUCAGCAGCCACUGGGAUGAUUCCCGGUUGAGAAAUAUGUGAUACACUGCUGGAUCAUCACGUGGAUCAUGGCUGUUUAUUGAUAAGAGUGUUGUUUUGCUCUGAACGUCUAGGUGUACAAUUUUAGCAUUUUUCAUUCAUCUCCAAUGCCCAGGAGAAUAGUGGAAACUUGGGAUCUGGUCUUCUGUAGGCUUUUCUCGUAAUCACUAGGUAUAACAGGAACCAAAUUACCAACAGAAGAAUGAAAAUUGUACUUGUUUAAGUUGAUU